AUGAAUCUUUACGGACAAUCUCAGUUCUAUGUCUUCGCCAACCCAGUCGUGUCGUCAGACAACACCUCGGUGAUCUACGACGGCUACUCUAGAAUCACAGACGGCGCCGGUGAGUUCACGUACACACUAGCGAAUGGUAUCGCCUAUGUCGUUACGUCCUCUAUGGGUAGCACAAGCGACUCCAUUGCAGACUGUCUUGAUUCAACCCUACUACCGCCUUUUAACGAUAUCAUCUCGGCACUCAAUAACGCCACUGCGGUCUCGAAUGGCAUUGUGGGAAAUGACACUAUCACUUGUGCCAGCGGGAUUAAGUUUCAGGUUACCCUCAGCGAUGCGACUUUUGUCAUUUGCUCGUCAGGAUCAAAUGACUUUACCGCUUAUGAAAGUGACAUGGAUAUUACCGUCGACUACUUAAACAGUCCGGUCACCAUCACUCCGCCGUCGUUAAACUCCGAUGUAGCGCUGUCGUGCGAAACAGUCAUAAAACCUAUCUCAGUCUCGGAGACGGCGCUAGUUAUAUUGACUGGACAAGUCAUUCUUCCUCAAAAAAAGAAACGUGAAAAUAGUGAGUUGCUUCGUUUCAUUGCCAGGAAUGGUAUGAGUUCUGUCAUAGUGUUCGAACCGACAUUUUAA